AUGGCUAAUGAUGAUGAUCUAUCAACUUCAAUAUCAUCAAUAAAACAACUUUCACAAUCUCAUAAACAUCGAAUUCUUACUCAUAAUCAACCAAGAGGAAAAAAUCUUAUUAAUGAUGUUCAUAGUAAUGAACAUUCAACAACAAAAUUACCAUCACUUCUUUCAAAAUCGAGUUUUUUUCCUUCGACAUCUGAAACAAUGCGUUUUAAAAGAUAUCGUUCACAACAAAAAGAUAUUAUUAAAACAUCAUCAUUAUCAAAAUUCGAACGACAAACAACAAAUCUUAUUUCUCAAACACGUUUACCAACAUUAAAUAAUAAUGAACAAAAACGAAUAUCGGAAUUUCAACGACGACAAAUUUAUGGAUUAAAUCAUCUUAUGCGUGAAUUAGAACAAGAACAAUUUCGAGAAUUUUGUAAAUUAAAUGGUAUGGGUGUUGGUAAUUCUGAAGAAAUUAUUUCAAAUAAUGAAAAUUCAAAUGAACAAUCAUCAACAUAA